CAGGAGGAGUCUAUAUGGGACGCUGUCACUCUGGAGUUGCCUGGACAGUGAAGAGCUGUUUUUCUACUGACCUAUGCACAUUGGAAUACUGAGUCUCUUUUUACCCUGAUACUCUCUCUCUCUCUCUCUCUCUCUCCCUUCUCAUCCGGGGGAAGGAAUUCUGGCAGAGCUGUUGAGAGGAACUUUUUACAUUCUUCCUCUUCCUUUCACAUACCAAGUCUCUCCCCCUUUGGAGUGGUGGGGCAGACAUUGAUAUUGUUUGUGUGGAUGCUGGGUGUGGACGGAAAGGGGCAUUGAAAAAGAAACAUGCUCCAAAAUGGCAUGGCUGGUGCCAUCAGCACCACAAUCACAACACAGAUACCGGACCUCAAUGAGAGGAGACUAAGGCCCCUCAGACUAACCCUGCGACCCGAGGACAUUCCUAAAACUCAGAAUGAGAAAGUAAACUCUGAAGACAAAAAUGUUAACGGUUCCUGGAAAAGGAAAAAUGCACUCAUGCAGAGAGAGAGACCACCUGGAAGAGAAUCAACUGAACAAGAAGACAAGCACCCUGUAACCAAUGGCAUAGGUAAGAAACAGCCUAUUCAGCAUGGGUCCAGAGUUUAUGGUGUGGUGCAGAGCUCAGGCGCCAACCACCAACAGGAAGUGAUGGCACGCGAGUUCUCUGUCAAUCACCUGAGAGAUGAGAUGAGGUACAUCAAAGAGGUACGUGACUCUUUGGAAAAAGUCAGGGAGCGGAUGUAUGGCCAGUUUGGAGGGAUGCAACAAUCAGUCCAAAAAUUAUCUCUGGAAUUAAAGACGGCCAACUCUCAUAAGCGUUAUCUGGAGUCGGAGGUGAGGACAAGUAGGGCAGCAAUGGACAGCUUUGACCAGAUGAACAGCACCCUUAUAUCUGCAAACAUUGAUCUGCAGAAGUCACUGCUGGAAAGCUGUCAUAACCGUUUGGGGAACAGGGAUGAGAUGAAAUCUCUGCGCAGCUCUUUGGAGAAGACGGAGGCGAAACUAAAAGAGACAGAGAGACAACUAGCAUCAGCAUAUGCUGAAAACCGCUCGCUGAAACAUCAGGUGGAAACUUCUCAGGAGGCCAAAACUCAAGCGUUGAAAGAGAUGAGUGCUAAGCUACAGAGGGAAUAUGAGGAACAGCUGCAGGAACAGCAGAGGAAGUACACAGAGGAGAUAGAAGCUCUACAGGCACAGCUUGACAGCUACAUGAGGAGGCUUGAGGAGGCAGAGAAGAAUGCUAAGAUAGCUGAGGCAAAGAUUACUGAAAGAGACCAAAGAAUAGCAGAGGUGGAGCGACUACUAAACUGUAUGGCUCUGGAGAAGGGUGACCUGAUCAAAAAGCUUUAUGACUGUGAACAACGCUUGCAUGUUUUGGACCAAACUGACCAUGCAGACAAUGCUGAAGCCAAACAGUCUGAGCAGCUGAAAGGAGAAGCAGCUGAAUUGAGAGAGAGAAUUAAGCACCUCAAUGACAUGGUGUUCUCUCAACAGAGGAAAGUCAAGAAUAUGAUAGAGGAGGUUGAAACAUUGCGAGCAAAGGUUGCACAGAAGGAUAUGUACAUCUCUGAGCUUCUGGACAGGAUUGCCAUUGUGGAGUGUGAGAAUAAUGAGUUAGAAGACAAGCUGAAGUUUUUUAUGUCUGUACAGAAAGCAUCUGAGACUAAAGCACCCACUAGGGACAUUGGAGUUGGUUGUGACCUGCCCAUUAGAUCUGAAGAGCCGCCAUAUGUAGCUCCUGUCCAACAGAGACUGGUCCAGUCAGCCCCAAGAUCCACUAGCAGACUGACCAAUAGUCUUCUUAGGUACACUCCUGGUCAGUACAGCACAAUGCUGCAGUCCAGUCUAGUACACACACAGGAUGUUGUUACAAGGCCCACACAAACUACACUGCCAUCUUCAAGUUAUGUUCAACCCAGACAUAAAGACGAGGAGUCUGAAUCCACGCAAUCCCCACCAACGACCCCAAAUUCAGAACUGUCAUCUCCAAGAGUGCGAACCAGCCCAUCAAAGAUCAACACUCCUUUUAUGAAGCUGAUGGAAAUGACCCCUAAGAUUAACAUCGAUUAAAUAAUUACUACUGAAGUUGCUGUAGCAGAAGUUGAUGCCAUUCAACAUGAAGUAUUCUUGUUUUGUUACUGCUCGUAACAUUACGGCAUAUGUAAAUGAUCUACUGAUCUGUGAAUAACUUAUUUUACUAGUGUACAUAUUGAUGCACUCUAUUUUGCUUUGUUUACCAAAAAUCUUUUGACCAUUUUAUGUGAUGCAUAGCCCUCAUUUUACAUUUGUCUAUUUAUAUUUCCUUGUUUUCUGAGCUAAUUUUUCUUUUGACCAUUUUUAUAACUGGUUUACCCAAAAAUUAUUUUGUUAUUUAACUCAAGAGGCUUCAUGUAUAGGAGUUUUUUUUUUUUUUCCAGCAAAUACAUCACAGUGUUUUAUCAAAUGUGAUCAAACCUCCAUAUACUCACUGAGCUCUAAUACUUAAAUACUUUCACUUCCAUGUGUAUUCAAAUGUAUAAAUGGUUGUUUAUUUGUACAAGUAGAGUGGUCUCUUUUGCACUUUACUUCCUGGAAUUGCUUGUGCGCAGACUCCAGCUUAUUCAUUAUUGAUGAUUUUUUUUUUUUUACAGCUGUAAAAAGCCUAUUAUGGAAGCCAGUUUAAAGAAAAUGUAUUCCCCUUCCCAUACUGUUCUAGACCUGAGUAAUUUCAAAAGUAAAAUAUAUAUUACACGGAUACAUUGUGGAGAUUGUGAGAGUGAACGGAGCACCAUCGAUUGUUAACACAAUUCAUCUAUAAAUGCACUUUUCUGAAGACUCACUUCAGUUGCCAAAAUCACAUGAACUAUGAUGACUGCAAAUUAAGGUUUAAAAAAGACAUUUGAGUCAACAAAGCGGAAAAAUAUAUUUGAUAUUUUCUUAAACAUUUUUCAACACUGAGCACUAUAUUUACGUAUCAAUGGGUACAGUAUAUUGUUCAAUAAAUGAAAUAUAACUUACCUAC